AUGACUGCCUCACCACCCGCUCCAUCCAAGUCGUUUCGCAUCGGUAUUAUCUGCGGAAGCCAGCGAAAACCUCGUGUCGGCGAUCAAAUCACGGAUUUUGUCCAUGAAAUUAUCAAACUCCACUCAUCCUCUAUCAACAACACCGCCACUUUCGAUUUUGACUAUAUUGACAUCGAGACUUUGUCCUUGCCCUUUUACGAUGAGCCAGGUAUUCCGUCGAAGAUAACAUCACCCGAGGAGUAUGCUCAUGAGCAUACACGUACCUGGUCAAGAAGGGUGGCAGCUCUGGAUGCCUUCGUCUUUGUAACCCCACAAUAUAACUGGGGAAUUCCGGCAGGGCUUAAGAAUGCCAUUGACUUUUUAUAUAAUGAGUGGAAAGGAAAACCAGCUAUGAUUAUUAGUUACGGCGGACACGGUGGGGACAAAGCUGCUUCAUCGUUGAAGCUCUGUUUGGGGGGGACCGAAUGCAGGGAGGUGCUAUAUAAAGCGGCAAGAGGGGAGCAACUAAAAUUAGAGGCUGCGAAAAAUGAUGGAAUCUGGAGUUCAGAGAGAAAACGCAUUACUGGUGCCUGGGAUGAAAUGGUCGCACUUCAGAAAUGA